CUGUAUACAUUAAUUAUUCAGAGAGAGAAAACGAUGGAGAGAAACUUGAAGAAGAUGAAGAAUAAUAAUACCAAUUCACCAAGAAGCAAUCAGAUGAACGAUAAAGAGAUGUUUCACGUAAUCCACAAAGUUCCCAGUGGAGAUACUCCUUAUGUUAAAGCCAAACAUGCUCAGCUAAUCGACAAGAACCCAGAGAUGGCGAUAGUGUGGUUUUGGAAAGCCAUUAACACAGGAGACAGAGUAGACAGUGCUCUCAAGGACAUGGCUGUUGUAAUGAAACAACUUGACCGUUCCGAAGAAGCCAUCGAAGCCAUCAAAUCAUUUCGUCCUCGUUGUUCCAAGAACUCUCAAGAUUCCCUCGACAAUGUCCUCAUCGACUUAUACAAGAAAUGUGGGAGAAUGGAGGAGCAAGUUGAGUUGUUGAAGAGGAAACUAAGGCAGAUCUAUCAAGGAGAGGCUUUCAACGGAAAACCCACAAAGACCGCUCGAUCACACGGCAAAAAGUUUCAAGUGACCGUUCAACAAGAAAUCUCAAGAUUACUAGGGAACUUGGGGUGGGCAUAUAUGCAACAAGCCAAGUACUUGUCAGCAGAAGCGGUAUACAGAAAAGCCCAGAUUGUGGAGCCAGACGCUAACAAAUCGUGCAACCUCGCGAUGUGCCUUAUCAAACAAGGAAGGUUUGAAGAGGGAAGAUCGGUUCUUGACGAUGUAUUUGAGUCUAGGGUUUUGGGUGCAGAUGAUUGUAGAACAAGGCAACGAGCUGAUGAGCUAUUGAGUGAGCUAGAGGCUUCACUGCCACGUCGUCGAGAUGCUGAGAUGGAGGAUGUGUUUGGAAAGAUCUUAGACGAUGACUUUGUUCUUGGGCUUGAACAAAUGACGACCACCACUAGUUUUAGAUCUAAGAGACUCCCAAUCUUCGAACAAAUCUCUUCUUUUAGAAAUCAAUUAGUUUGCUAAUGGUUUGAUUUUGUGUAUUAUGUCCUGUUUCAUAGUUGUGAUGGGUUAGAAAUAUAGAACAGAUGUCUUCUGUUUUCUUAUCUAAAUUUGUAUAUACAAACAACAAUAAAUCGAUAAUGUCCUGUCUCGGUGACACCUUAUUGCUUAUUAAAAAAAAAAAA